CCGCGCUCCCGCCCUGCUCCGCGCCGACGGACCCGCAGCCGGCGGCCGGCCCGCGAGGGGGCGGCGGCUCCCGGGCUUUGUGGCCGCGGCGCGCGCGGCGGGGCCUGGCCGGCCGGGGGCGCGCCGCCGCUGCCCGGUGCUCCGGAGCCCGCGGCCCUCCCGGCCGCCCCGCCUGCGAGAGGAGCCGAGGCCGCCCGCGCUCGCGCCUCGCCGGCCCCUCCCCCGGUCGCCUCGGCCGCCGCGCCGCCGCUGCAGGUAGGAAGCUCCCCCGCCGGGCGGGCCGCAGCGGGGCGGGGGCGGGGGCGCGGGCCCGGCGUGCGGGGGCCGCGGGCCGGCAUGGCGGGUUUCCGGGCCGAGCCACCGCGACCCCAGCCCCGCAGGCCAGGCGGCCGCUUCCGCGCGCCGCGAUUGGGACUCGGAUAGCUAGCAGCCAGGAGAAAUAUAGUGGAAAAUGCAAAACAACGAAAUUAUAAAACCUGCCAAAUACUUUUCGGAAUUGGAAAAGAGCAUCCUGCUUGCUUUGGUAGAAAAGUACAAAUAUGUGCUGGAAUGUAAGAAAAGCGACGCGCGAACUAUUGCCCUCAAGCAGCGUACCUGGCAGGCGCUUGCCCAUGAAUACAACUCUCAGCCAAGUGUGUCACUGCGGGAUUUCAAACAGCUAAAGAAGUGCUGGGAGAACAUCAAGGCUCGGACCAAAAAGAUUAUGGCCCAUGAGAGGAGAGAGAAGGUGAAACGGAGUGUCAGCCCUCUUCUGAGCACCCACGUCCUAGGGAAGGAGAAGAUUGCCAACAUGCUGCCAGAGCAGCUCUACUUCCUGCAGAGCCCCCCGGAAGAGGAGCCCGAAUACCACCCUGACAGUGCAGCCCAAGAAUCAUUUGCUGUUUCAAAUAGAGAACUGUGCGAUGAUGAGAAAGAGUUCAUACAUUUUCCUGUGUGUGAGGGGACCUCUCAACCUGAACCCUCGUGUUCAGCUGUCAGAAUAACAGCCAAUAAACACUACAGGAGCAAAACCUCUCAGGAAGGUGCUUUAAAAAAGAUGCAUGAGGAAGAACACCAUCAACAAAUGUCCAUCUUACAGCUGCAGCUGAUACAGAUGAAUGAGGUGCAUGUGGCCAAAAUCCAGCAGAUAGAGCGGGAGUGUGAGAUGGCAGAGGAGGAACACAGGAUAAAAAUGGAAGUUCUCAAUAAAAAGAAGAUGUAUUGGGAAAGGAAGCUACAAACUUUCACCAAGGAGUGGCCUGUCUCCUCAUUUAACCGGCCCUUUCCCAAUUCACCCUAAGACUGUGGGGGCGGCUCCCUUGUAACCAAUCUGUGUCGGCAAAGAAAGCCUGGAACAUGAACUUGCGGUCAGUAACUUGUAACAGAGCUACAACUAGGAAAAUUAGAGCGGUAGUAGUCACGUAUUUAAGAAUACAUUCAGGUAAACUGCUGCACCCCAUGUACCCCUUCACUGGCAAAGAAGCUGAUCCAGUCUCCUGAAAACUAUCACUAUGAGUGCUAUGAUUCUGAAUGUAAUGUCUCUUAAUUAGAAUUCAUACAAGAACCACGUGUGAGUGUUGUUGUUGUAUUUUUUUAAUCAGAGGCAAGUGUGACUAUAAAGGAGUGUGGCUGAUUUUUUUUUUUUUUUUUUUAAUAGUGGAACUUUUCUAUCCAAGUGAACGCGUUCCCGUUGAAAGUGGCUGAAAGUCCCUGGAGGCCACAUGUUUCUCCAGGGGUGAUGCUAUUGCUCAGAACUCGCUGGAGGUCUUUAGGGAAACCUCCAUGAGAGCCUUUUUCCUUCCCCCCACCCGCAGUGUCAUUCUUUGAGUGGCUUUUCUGAUUUUAAACACCCAACAUUUGGAAGGAUAUUUUCUCAUGUGGCUCAUGAACUGCCUUUGAAGGCCUUUCCCCAAAGAGGGGUUCCAAAUAAUGGCUCCAAAAGCAGUAGCUUUGUUGGAACUAAGGAUGUAACUGCUUUGAGGGACAAAUGUUCAUUUAGAUUUCUAUAACCUAUCAUGUUUGUUUUAUUAAAAGAUAAGACUUGCAAUUUUAUAGUCACACUGUGUAUGUUUUUUAAAGGUGCUGCCAACCCCACUGUGCUCAUUUUUGCUUUCCCUCUGUAGUUUCCUCCCAACUUUGUGCUACUGAGUUAAUGGGUGCCCUGUUUUUAAUCAUUGGCCACCUAGGGAAAGGCCCUUCCCUCACCAUGCUCAUGGUGCUAGCUAUUAGUAAUGCUGUGGAGUUUGCAUCACACAGUUAGCAUUGGCUUUUUAAGAACCCGUUACCAGCAUAUUUGGAACUAUGGAUUGGCAAAUGGAUAUUUUGAUUUAGUUCUGAGAUCGCUUCUCCUGUAGCCUAGUGUUAAAACCAGUUCUGGGAUGUUGGGCACAGCAGUAGCUGGAACAAGAAAAGUGACACGUGUCAAGGCAGGUCAGCAAUUUCUGAGCAUGAAAUUUCAAGGCCACGUGCUGGGGAAAGAAAAGUAUGUGUGGCAGAGGCUAUGUAGGGGGGUGUAGGGUGAGAAGCCACGGCCUGAAUUCUGAUCUUGGCUCUGCCUCAAAGUGCUGUGUGACCUGGGGUAACUCCUUUUAAUCAGUGCCUGUAAUAAAGUAAGGCAUUGGUUUAGAUAAUGUUUAGAAUCUUCUGCAACUCCUUGACUGUGGUGUGGUCUGCAUAGUCUUGAAUGGGUACUGCUAACAUCCGAAUUGUCCAGAAGGUCUGGGUCAUUAGGGAACAAUUGAUUACUGCUUUGGCUAAACUUCCCGCCUUCCUAAGUUUUGAAUUUGGGUCCUGGGGACUAUAAGUUGAGUAAGAUAAACAUAUACUUGUUAUUUAAUUUACGCACUACAUAAAACUUAAAUGGAUAUCAAUUUAUACUCUGAUCAUAUUUUAAAUAUCUUAGAAGCACUGGUUAUUUGAAGGAAAGCUAUAAAGACUAGAUUUGAAAGAAAGGAUCCUUUUGUAAGGAUUUGUAUUCUUAAUUUCAUGUUUACAAAAUGGACCCUUUAGAGAAGACACAUCUAGGUAAAGUCCCAAGGUUAAAUGGUUUAUGGAAGACAGAACUUGACUCUCCAUGCCCUCCUACCCACUCAGGAUUAGGGCAGGGAAUGGCAGGCCCUCAACACAGAUGUGAACAGAGUGAAGUUUUCCUUUGUUUCACCUACUGAUCCAUCUGGAAAUCUUGUUAAUAUGCAGCUUCUAGAGUGGGGCCUGAGAUUUUGCAUUUCUUACAAGCUCCCCAGUUUUGCCAGUUCUGCUUGUCUGGUCCCCACACUUCCGCGUAGCAAGGUUUUUUAGAGGACUUUGUGAAGUUUUUACUUAUCAUCCUCCCCAGACUCUCCCAAAUUGGGUUAGGUACACUUUGUGUAUAGCAGUGUGCUGGACAUUAUCCUCUCUCAGAAUUUAUCACUUAAGCACACAAACAGCAAUGCAGAACAACACAAAACAUGCUCACACACAUAAUGAAAUUAUAAAAACAGAAUGAAUUCCUAACCAAAUAAAGGAUAAUUAAACCGAAGCCUAAAGUACCGUGCUCUACUGUUAACGGUAUUUAUGAGUUUAUAACAGUAGUUUUCAACCUUGGCUAUGCAUAAAAAUAGUAUUUUAUAAAUAAUUAGUCCCACCUGGUCCCAAUCCCAGAGGAUUCUGGUUCAGUUGACUUGGGUUGGGGCCUUGUUCUCUACAUUUUUCAGAAGGUUUAUUGGAAGUUAUGAUACAUCACUGGGAUUGAGAACCAGUGGUGUAGAGUUCAGUUAUGUCUCAUUUGAUCCUUAAUCCUGUGAGGUCAUGCAGAAGUCAGGAAAUGAUGCUCAGAGAAGAAUCAUCUGGUACCAGACCAGUGGCUGGUAGAUGGCAAAGCAGAACUUCAGUCCUAGGUCUCUCGACUCCAAAACAGAUAGUCCCACCUGCCUGCCCCUAUCCCAUCCCUCAAAGUUAUAUCAUGGAUUUGUUUUAUCCUGAGAGUCAGAUCACACCUGCAGUGUACUUUGGUGUCUUCAUUCAUGGGCAGGUAUAUGUUCAUUUCACCAUUGAGCAGUUCCUUACUGAGGUGGAUAUGCAAUAACCAAUUCUUGGUAGGUGCUGUAGGGAAUAGACAAAUUUUAAGACAGUUCACCAUCCCCCACCCUGCCAAAUCGUGGACACACCCAGUCGGGGAGGUAAGACUUAACGCAGUUGUCAUGUACUCCAUUAGUGCAUGUCUUCAAGUGCAUUUGUAGCUCAGAGGAAAUGCCACCUCCUCCGGGAAGGAAGACCUCUUGGGAGAGGUGGUAUCUGAGCUAAGUCUUUAGAGUUGGCAUUUGGACAGGUGGAGGUUCAGAAAGAAGAGAACCUUUGCUAGAUGCAACAGAUGCAAUCUGUUGAAGAUUCAAGAUGAUGAGACACAUAAUUGGGAGGCAGUGAGAACAUGGUGAAUUUCCAAAUUGGGCAGCAGCAUGACCGCUGUGCUCCAAGAGGAAGAUGAGAAGGUGCAACUGAGUUUAGGGAAGACUGGAGUGCAGGAGAUGAGGUAGGUAGGAGGGUCUUGCCCUGGUCAGGAUGAGAUGCUAGGAUCUACAGGAGGCUGUCGUCAGACAGGGAGACCAACGUGAAGGGCACUGCAGAGGUGGAAUCAGUCAGGCUUGGCAGUUGAUUGCUCUUGUUGGAGAGGAGGGGUGAGGUGUUAAAGCUAUGUGCCAGAAAGAACCAUGCUGCCGAUUGAAAUGAAGAAAGGAUGCAUUUCUGGCUCUGACCCAACCUAGGAGGUGCCGAGAGAUGAACUAACAUUGUUGCCUCCAUGCAGCCUCGAACAUGGAAUGGGAGGGAGCACCUCUACCCAUCUCUGCCGUGGCUGGCCUCUCUUUGCUCUGACUUCUUGCACCUGUCCCUCCGAUGACACUUUAGCCCGGGGUCUUCGUCAGCCCCCUCAUUUGGUGCUGCCUCGGCCACCAGUACCUCCAAUGCAGGUGGUGGUGCAUGUCACCAUCACUUACAAUGGCUUUGCCCUAGAAAGAUCAGAAAAGGUCCUUUCUUUAGUGUCCCACAUUGUAUAAAGGGGCAUUGGCCGAGAGGGGCUGUUCAUGCCCAUGUAUGCCUAUUACAGCCCCUUUAUGAAAGUCAAACAUGGAAUUCUACCCUACUCAUCAAAGUUUUAGGGAACGUUUUAGGAAUUUUGCAGAGAGAAUCUUGAAAGGCAUUGACUUUGUUGUUGUUGUUUUGUAGUUGUUGUUGUUGGAAGAAAGAGACUAGAAGAGGCAGCAUGGUGGGAGAGUGCAUUUGAGUUGUCAACAGCCUCUGCAGUGUCAGGUCAAUUACAUCAGCACUUGGUUUGGACCAGGGGAGAGGAAUGGCUCUGCCUCCUGGGAAUGUCAGAAGGACCUGAUAAUUAUAUUUGGCAAAGCCACGAGGAAUGGCUCUGUAAUGUCAUUGUGAAGAAUUACCCUUUUAGUAGCAUUUCUGGAUGUCUGAGCUUUUCACAUGGAGUGACACUUCUUUUCUGCUCUGGCUUUCUUCGUUGGGCUGCCUCCCGUGGCUCCUCCUGUUCUUCCUCGCCCUUGCUUUGAUACCAGUUCGUGUUUUCUGUCUUCCACCUUCCCAGCCCUGUUCCUCCAGCCCCUCCUCCUGUACCCACCAUAGCUCCUACUCUCCCCUGUUUUAGAGGUGGAGUCAUGUGAGAAUGUGUGUGAGGGAAAUACUGGCCAAAGGGCAGCACAUUCAACAUCUGGUGUCAACAAGGAGAAGCGUAGCCUUAGACUAGCCAAACUGAGGACAACCUGCUUCCAUGCUGCAUCUGCUACUUUUGUGUUGGUGGGACUCAGAAGUCAUGGGGCAAGAUCACCAGUGAUCCGUGACUGCAACAAAUUAUUUUCCUAAUUGUGCCAUAUAUUAUGCCCUUCAACACAAUUUACUAAUCUUUGCCUCCGUUUCUCCAUCUGUGAAAGUGGUGUAAUACUUAUCUACCUCCCUUAAAUGUUGUGAAGAUUAGUCUAUGUUAGUAAAGCACUUUUGAAAUAAAGAGUGAUGUAAAGCAUUUUAA